UUCAGCUUUUUGCUUUUGUGCCAUCGGAAACCAAAAGAGAACCCUCUACUGCUGCCCCAUGUCCUCCGGUCCCUCGUAAGUCAUCCUCAAACAAAACUCAGCCUUGCCUCUUCAACUGGUUGUGAUCACACGCCAUCCAUUUCGUGAGAAAACAAGCAAAAUAAAUGAAAUCAGUGAAGGGAAGAUUCCUAAAGAAAUUGAAUUUCAUUCCAAGUAAAAGCACACUGAAACAAGGUCUAGUUUCCCAUCUGAACUCCUCAGAAAACUUUUCUGAUCAGAGCUUGCAGAUACCACCAAUUUACAUACAAAAGGAUCACAAGAAAGACAGUCUAUCUGGUGAUUUUGGUGUGUCAAAGAAAAAACCAGAAUCCAAAGAUGAAGAACUGGACUUGGAAAUUAAUCUCUUCGACAAGGUGAACAUCACACCCUCCAUAGUAUCCAAUGACAGAUUAUCUGUAAUGGACAGUCCUGAGGCCCCAGUCGCUACAGAUAUCAACGUGGAGCAAUACACGGGAAAUGAAGCUGAGAAAGAGAUAAAAGGACACCCAUCUCUCUCAGAUUUUGAAGAGAUAUCUCUUCCCGGAGGAAGUCAGGCUGUAAUUCUCUACACAACAAGCUUGAGAAGUAUAAGAAAGACAUUUGAGGAUUGUCAUGCUAUUCGGUUUUUGUUGGAAAGUUUUAAAGUAAUAUUCCACGAGAAAGAUGUUUCGUUGCACUUGGAAUUCAGGGAGGAACUAUGGAGGAUAAUGGGUGGCAGGGUGAUUCCUCCAAGGCUUUUCAUAAAGGGAAGGUACAUAGGAGGAGCUGAUGAAGUGACUGGUUUGCAUGAGCAAGGUAAGCUUAAGAAUCUCUUGGCAGGUAUACCACUCAAUCUGUCUAUUUGCCCUUGCACUGGUUGCGGUAACAUACGAUUCAUAGUUUGCUCCGAUUGUAAUGGCAGUCGUAAGGUCUUUGCAGAUGAUCAGAAUGAUGAGACAUACAUUAGAUGCCCUGAAUGUAAUGAAAAUGGACUGGUUAAAUGCCUCAUCUGCAGCUGAAAGUCUAGCUACUUUUUCCUAAACUCUUGCUUGAUUCUGUAUCGUAUUAUCCAUCUUCCCUAACUUUUUCCCUUGCACUGGUUGCGGUAACAUACUAUUCAUAGCUUGCUCCGAUUGUAAUGGCAGUCGUAAGGUCUUUGCAGAUGAUCAGACUGAUGAGACAUACAUUAGAUGCCCUGAAUGUAAUGAAAAUGGAUUGGUUAAAUGCCUCAUCUGCAGCUGAAAGUCUAGCUACUUUUUCCUAAACUCUUGCUUGAUUCUGUAUCGUAUUAUCCAUCUUCCCUAACUUUUUCCCUUGCACUGGUUGCGGUAACAUACGAUUCAUAGUUUGCUCUGAUUGUAAUGGCAGUCGUAAGUUCUUUGCAGAUGAUCAGAAUGAUGAGACAUACAUUAGAUGCCCUGAAUGUAAUGAAAAUGGAUUGGUUAAAUGCCUCA